AUGCCUUUGUUUAGUGACCAUGCAUAUACUUCGAUCACCAUAAAAAUCAACCAAUUAGCUGAUCCCAAGAGAAAUGAUGAAAUCGAUGAUUCCAUAGAAUUGUAUUUGUCGGAUUUAAUUGAGUUGAUAAAAAUUCAAUCCAAUUCAGGUGCUGUCGAAGCAGCACGAGCAAUUCGAAAAAAAAUCAAAUAUGGUGAUAGCAGGGCAGAACAAUUGAGAGCAUUGCAGAUCUUAGAGUUGUUGGUUUUAAAUGGCGGGCCGUCAAUUGGACCAAUUAUUGCUCGUGAUGAUAAAUUGUUGGAUGUGUUGAAGGGAAUCAUUAAUGGAACAGCAAGAACAGGAGCCGGUGUUGAAUAUGAUCGUAAAGUUCAAAAAAGAGUGGUGGCUAUGGCUAUUGGUUGGAAAACCGAAUUGGAUGGACUCAAUGGUUAUAAGUACAUGCAAUCUUUGUAUAAGGCAAUCCCAAGACGAAAACGUGUUUCUUCCAGUCAUCUGGGAUACCGGAAUGGAGAUGAAUAUGAUAACGAUAGUGACGAAAACUCAGAGGAUAUAUUAGAUCCGUAUGCUGAUGACGCUCAACUCGACACGCAUUCAAGUAACAGAAAUGUUUCAUCGCCACGUACUCCGAGAUCACCACCUCCACCAAGACCAUCUACUAAGUCACCAUAUACAUCCAGUAAAAAAAAUGAUGACAAAAACAAAAAGAAGAAAAAGAAAAAGAAGAAAAAGAGAGGACUUGUUUAUGCCGAUGAAGAAUUUGAGAUUCCCCAAAUUAAUUACAAAAUCGAAGCCCCCAAGAUUAGAGAGUUGAUAGCAAAUUGUUACACCCAUACAACAGCCUUGAAUAAUUUGCUAUUACAAUUACCUGUAGACGAGUCACCUUUGGACAACGAUAAAACUUUGGAAGAAUUUGCCAAGUGUAAGAAGAUUAGAAGAAAGGUUUUAAGUUACUUACAAUAUGUUGGAGCUGGUUCACCAGAGGCCAAGUCAUCAGAGGUUGCUGCAUUGGAUGAGGAGUUUUUGGGUAGUUUGAUUGGAGCAAAUGAACAGUUGGUAGAGGCGUUUAAAAGAUUUGAUUUUAGAGCUGGUUAUUCCAAAGAUAACCCGGCUCCAAAUUAUGACGAUGAAAGCGAUAGUGAUGAAAGUUAUUAUACUUCAGAGGAGUCGGAGGAAGAGCUCGAUGAUGUACAGGAACAGGAUGAAAAUCUGAUUUCUGCCAGGUUACAAAAUGCCACAUUACAAUCAAAACUGUCACCACCACCAAGACCCUCCAAACCUUCGAAUUUACAAAGCUCAUUUCAACCAAGACCUAAACUUGACAAAGUUGAAACCAGUGAAUCAAUUGAAGGCAAUCCUUUUGGUGAUAGAAACGCUGUAACGAAAUCAUUAUAUGAUUGA